GUAUUUUAUAAUAAAUAAUAAUUAAUCCAACAUCAUGUUUUUACUUUUACGGAUAUUCAGUGCAUUAUGCGUAUUAUUAUUGGCCAACUCGUUGAUUAUCCCAGAAGAAUUACCAUCAAUAUUAUCGUUAAUUUAUUCAAAUAUUCCACCAAUUAAAAAAGGAACGGAUUCACGAGUAGGUUUUGGAUUUCGACUUGGUGAACAUGCCGAUUUUCAAGUGCUAUUAGAAUUAGGGCCACAAACGAAUACCAGACCAAUAGGAAAUGCAGAUUCGCCAAGCAAAAGGCAUGUCCAAAGAAUAAAUAGUAACAUCAUACAAUUGCUACAACGACCUAGCAAACCAACACCUGAAAAGAUAUCAAAUACUGAUGGUGGUAAAUGGUUAGCCAAUUGGCAACAGACAAUGAAAAAACCAGUUUUUGUUUCCGAGGAAGAAUCUGUUGAAGGUUUAGGUGAAAUUAAAGCUGCUGAUGUUAUUCCUGAAGAUGAUGGUGAUGAUUUGAAUAAUAGCACAGAAAACUUGGAUACUAAUGAAACGAAUGAUUCCGCAAAAGAGGAAUCCCCUAAAAAAAUCGUUAAUUCAAAAGAGGAUACAUCAGACUUAUCAGAUGUUUCAUUGGAUAAUGAAUAGAUGAAAUACACCUAGUCUAAAAUAAUAUUAUUGAGAUACGUUUAUUUUUUGAAAAUCCUGUUAA